UGUUGUUAGGGUUUAGGAGCUUUAGCGCAGCCGCCGCCGCCGCCGCCAUGGCUCCCAAGCUCGAUCCAUCGCAGGUAGUGGAGGUGUUCGUCCGCGUCACGGGAGGCGAGGUAGGCGCUGCGUCGUCGCUGGCCCCAAAGAUCGGCCCCCUGGGUCUCUCACCCAAGAAAGUAGGAGAGGACAUCGCCAAGGAGACGGUCAAGGACUGGAAGGGGCUGCGCAUUACCGUGAAGCUCAUCGUCCAGAACAGGCAAGCCAAGGUGGAGGUUGUGCCCAGCGCCGCCGCGCUCGUGAUCAAGGCGCUGAAAGAGCCGGAGAGAGAUCGCAAGAAGGUGAAGAACAUCAAGCACAGCGGCAAUAUCUCGCUCGAGGACGUGAUCGACAUCGCCAAGAUCAUGAAGCACAGGUCCAUGGCCAAGGAGUUCAAGGGGACCGUGAAGGAGAUCCUUGGGACGUGCGUCGCGGUGGGGUGUACCGUGGAUGGGAAGAGCCCCAAGGACCUGCAAACGGAGAUCGACGAGGGCGAGGUGGACAUCGCCGAGGCUUGAGAGGGAAGGAUUAUAUGCUACUUGUGUGGAUGUUCUUUUUUGGUAUGUUUGAAUCAAUGGAGGCGAACUUUAACCUUUGUUUCA